UUCUACCACAUCACUCUGUCUGUGAUGUGUCUUUUCAGCAGAAGCACUGCAUCACCAUGGUGUCUCCCUGUGGCCUCCUCACCCUCCAGAAGGACCCAGUGCCUCUGAAGAGCAUUUCCGUCACCUUGUCUGUUUAUGAGCUCGUGGCUGGUGUGUCUGCAACCUUACACUACGAGAAUGAGGAGAAGGCUCCUCUGGAGACCUUCUUCGUGUUCCCCAUGGAUGAAGACUCUGCUGUCUACAGCUUUGAGGCCUUGGUGGAUGGGAAGAAAAUUGUGGCAGAACUACAGGACAAGAUGAAGGCCCACACUGACUAUGAGAAUGCCCUCUCCCAGGGCCACCAGGCCUUCCUGCUGGAGGAGGAUGGGUACUCCAGGGACGUCUUCUGUUGUAAUGUAGGGAACCUCCAGCCUGGGUCAAAGGCCGCACUCACCCUGCGGUAUGUGCAGGAGCUGACCCUGGAAGCAGAUGGGGCCCUACACUGUGUGCUCCCGGCCGUCCUGAAUCCUAGGUACCAGCUCUCUGGAAGGACUAAGGACUGUUGUGUUAACAUGAAGACUCCGAUAGUUCCUCCGGAGGACCUGCCCUACACACUCAGCAUGGUCGCCACCAUCAGUUCCCAGCACGGUAUUGAAAGGGUGCAGUCCAACUGCUCCUUGAGUCCUGUCAAGUACCUGGGAGAUGACAAGACCGCUGCUCAGGUCUCCUUGGCUGAUGGACACAAGUUUGAUCGAGAUGUGGAACUCCUGAUUUACUACAGUGGGGUGCACUCCCCCACUGUAGCCGUGGAAACGGGGAUGACUGCCAUGCAGCCAGAGUGCGUGAUGGGAGACCCAUCAGCAAUGGUGAGCUUUUAUCCAGAUAUCCCAGAAGCUCAGUCACCUGUCUGUGGAGAAUUUGUCUUCCUCAUGGACCGCUCGGGAAGUAUGCAGUCCCCAAUGAGUGGCCAGGACAGAUCUCAGCUGCGCAUAGAGGCAGCCAAGGAGACACUGAUUUUGCUUCUGAAGAGUCUCCCUAUAGGCUAUUUCAACGUCUAUGGAUUUGGAUCUUCCUAUGAGGCACUCUUUCAGAAGAGUGUGGAGUACACGCAGGAGACAAUGAAGGAGGCAGUGAAGAGGGUCCAGGUGAUGCAGGCGGACCUAGGGGGCACCGAAAUCCUGGCACCACUGCAGGACAUUUACAAGGCACCCCCUAUCCCGGGCUACCCUCUCCAGCUGUUUGUCUUCACAGACGGAGAAGUUACUGACACAUUCAGUGUAAUUAAGGAAGUGAAGACCAACAGCCAGAAACACAG